CCCUGGAGAGGUUGUGGGGUGCAGAUGAUGGUCCAGGGCUGAAGAUGAGGGUCCUGGGGAGGUGGCGGGGAUCCCUGGGAUAGUCCCUGGGGUGGAGGUGAGAGUCCUAGGAAGGUGGCAGGGGUCAUUGGGGGUAGUCCUGGGGUGGAGAUGAGGGUCCUGGGGAGCAGGUGGGGUCCCUAGAGAGGGGUUGGGGGUCCCAGAGCCAGGACUGUGCUAGGUGGGGCUGCGUUCGGUGGAGCCAGGCUGGGGGGCACGGGGCAGGGUUGUGCUUGCUGGCUGUACCCUGCCCUGAGCAGAGCACCCCCCACCAUGGUCCCCCCCAGUAAACUGCCGAGCUGGGCACGGGCGGUGACACCCCGCAUCUUCUACAUCACGGAGAAGGCCUGGAACUACUACCCCUACACCAUCACUGAGUACACGUGCUCCUUCCUGCCCAAGUUCUCCAUCUACAUCGAGACCAAGUACGAGGACAACUGCGGGGACAGCGAGAAUAUCUUCCACAGCGAUAAAAUCCUGGGUGACCACGAGGUCUCCUUCCUGGACAUCGCCUUUGACGAGAUCCCCGAGCGUUACUACCGCAGCCUGGAGGACCCCCGUUUCUUCAGCUCGGCCAAGACGGGCCGGGGGCCGCUGCGGGAGGGCUGGCGCCAGCACACCAGACCCAUCAUGUGCUCCUACAAGCUGGUGAGCGUCAAGUUCGAGGUGUGGGGGCUGCAGACACGGGUGGAGCAGUUUGUGCACAAGGUGAUCCGGGACAUCCUGCUGAUUGGGCACCGGCAGGCUUUCACCUGGGUGGACGAGUGGUGCGGGAUGACAAUGGAGGAGGUGCGGCGCUACGAGCGGGAGACGCAGGAGGCCACCAACGAGCUCAUCGGCCUGGUGGCACCCACCAUCUCAGUCAGCGAGGUGGAGCAGCCCACGGCCACUCACUCGGCCCCUGCCAGCGCCCCCUCCACCCCCCUCAGCGACGAGGCCCCCGAUUUCCUUGCUCCCCCCAAGACUCGCCCGCGCAAGAAGUCGGCGCCGGAGACCCUGACGCUGCCUGCGCUGCGGGAACGCGCUGGCGCCGAGUGACACUGGCAGUGCUGUGCCGUGCCACCUCCCCAGCUGGACAGUGCCAGCCCUGCCGCCAGCCCCGCCGCCCGCCACGGCCCCUCCGACAGGCGCCAACCUCGGGGAGAGACCCACCCUCGGGGCGCAGGGAGCCCCGGGGGGUUACUGGCCUCCUCGAGCCAUCGUGGGUGCCCACAUGGGACAUUGUCACCAUCGCAGUGCCGGACCUGCUGGCUGCGCAGGGAGGGGAUGCCAGGCUGGUGGGGUCCCGGGCAGCAUCGGGUGAUGCUGCAGGGGCUGGUUCACUUGACGCUGCCCACCCCAGCAGGGUGUUCCUCAGGGGCCGCCGAGGCUGCCGAGCAGCGGGGCUGCGGCAGCCAGUGCCCAUGUGCCAUGGCUGGGCUGGGUGCUGGUGCCCGACUGAGCAGCGGUGGAGCUCAAUAAGUGAUGCUGGAGCAGCACUGGUGCAGGGGCACAACAUGUGUGACAGUGACAGCUGGGUGUUGGGCUGCGGCUCCCCGCAGGUCCCUGGGGGCCACACAGCCCCAUGCAUGGCAGGUCCCACAGUUGGGGUCCCCUUUACCAUCCCUCCAGAGGCCGUGGCCACCUGAGGGGGAGCUGGGGCAGACUCAGCCCUCCAUUUUCUUUGGGAAAACAAAGGCGUUUUUGGAAAUAAAGCUCGAGAUA